UGAGUGGCGUUGCACAGUGUAAACGGAUAUCGUCGGAGUGGUGUGCUCGCGUCAGCCCAAAACAAAGAAUCGAGGAAGUUUUACCCUUUCGCAUUGUUGUUUUUAUUUUUUUGUAUUUUUGGUCUAUUGUUACGUUUCGUGCGCGCUGUAGAUUGUUGUUGCUACGUUGCGUUGCGUAUUCGAUAUUCGGUGUUUGGUGUUCCAUCGACGGCUUUGACGUCGUACAUUUCCGUUUGACGUUGGUUAGACGCAUUGCUGCGUAGGAAUUUGGGACUCAUAUGCGCGUGUUUGCAUGCGCGCAGCAGAGUGUUUGUGGAGGCCACAUUUUGGCAGUGGAUAUUGGCGACGGCAGCAGUGUGUUAGCCUGUAUGCAUGUGGCCGGAAGCAAGCGGGUUUCGCCAAGAAGAUUCGUAAACGGAAAUGUUUGAAAAUUCAAAAAAAAAAGAACUGUUCGUUCUGAAUGAAGCUGCGAGUGAAAUAAUAUUGAAAACUCAUAAAUGAAAAACUGUGAAACAAACUAAGAAAAAGUGGAUAAAAAAGGCGAGAAACAUUCAUUAAAGGUGUAUGAUGAAAAUAUUUAAGAAUUAAAAAAAAAAAAAACAUUUGCCUAAAAAUAUUUAAUAGAUGCGUAUUGCUACCUCCAUCGCAAAAUCCCAUAACUGAGUUCAUCAUAAAAAAAAACUGAACGCAAACAUAUCGUGCAAUAGCAACAUUGUGCAAUCGAUUUAACCAUAAUACCAAAAUAUUUCGAAGUGUUAGAAAAUUAGAAACAAAAAAAAAUGGCAGCUUAUGCGCAAUUUGGAUACGGCGGCUACCCUUCAGCAUCGCAGCUCAUCUCCGCCAACCUCACACAAUCGCCCCAAACUGGCGAUUCACCAAAUACGCCCAACCCCUCGUCAAUGCCAGUUUCCGGUGGUGCGAAUGCGCCUGCGCUCAGCCCCUCGAAUGUGGGCGGCGAGUGUCGUGUGAACACCGGAGCUGGCGGCUCAGCUGAUGUGCCCAGCGGCGCAAUGAGUCCAGAUGCGCUCUCGCAAAACUCCAAUAACACAACUGGUGGCGGCGGCGGCGGCGGCGGUAGUGGCGGUAUUAAUAAUCCUGCCGGCGGCGGUGCACUCGAUGGCGCUGGUGUGGCGGGCUUGGGUGUCGGCGGACCUGGUGUUGGUGGUUCUUGCUGCGAGAAUGGACGCCCAAUUAUGACAGAUCCCGUCUCCGGACAGACAGUGUGUUCGUGUCAAUAUGACUCCGCACGUUUGGCGCUCUCGAGCUACUCCCGCUUGCCAGCGUCGAGUGUUGGCGUCUAUGGCACGCCUUAUCCUUCGACAGAUCAGAAUCCUUAUCAAAGCAUUGGCGUGGAUAGUUCGGCGUUCUAUUCGCCGUUGAGUAAUCCAUAUGCAUUGAAAGAUUCAGCUGGUGGCACAGAAAUGACCGCUUGGACAUCAGCUGGCCUACAGCCAACUACUGGAUAUUACUCAUACGACCCGAUGUCCGCUUAUGGGUGAGUACAAACUUUUUUUCAAUAUGUCAUUCAUAGGUUGGCCAUACAUUUUUUUU